UUUGCGGGGACCGAAAUUCAUCAAGACCCUUGGUAUCAGGCUGCUCAGGUUUUCCAUUGGUGGAAUCAAGUCUGCAUAUAUACUGCACUGGCCAGUGGCCAGGCCACAGACUAUUUAUUUGUUGGAAAUAUUGUUUACACGUAUGUUGUUGUCACUGUGUGUCUGAAAGCUGGUUUGGAGACCACAGCAUGGACUAAAUUCAGUCAUCUGGCUGUCUGGGGAAGCAUGCUGAUCUGGCUGGUGUUUUUUGGCAUCUACUCAACCAUCUGGCCCACCAUUCCCAUUGCUCCAGAUAUGAAAGGACAGGCAACAAUGGUCCUGAGCUCCGCACACUUCUGGCUGGGAUUAUUUCUGGUGCCCACAGCAUGUUUGAUGGAAGAUGUAGCAUGGAGAGCGGCCAAGCAUACCUGCAAAAAAACAUUGCUGGAGGAGGUGCAGGAGCUGGAGAUGAAGUCCAGAGUGAUGGGGAAGGCGAUGCUUCGGGACAGUAAUGGAAAGAGGAUGAAUGAACGUGACCGCCUACUGAAGAGGCUCAGCAGGAAGACGCCCCCCACUCUCUUCCGGGGAGGCUCCAUCCAGCAGUGUGUGCCCCAUGGGUAUGCCUUCUCUCAAGAAGAGCAUGGAGCUGUUACUCAGGAAGAAAUUGUCCGUGCUUACGACACCACCAAAAGGAAAUCGAGGAAGAAAUAAGACGUGAGUCGUCUUGAUUGGUCCCAGGAAAGAGAUGCGGCUUGUUGCACCCAGUGUUAACACAUCUCUGUAAGAAGAGACUGGUGUCAGCAGCCCAAACCAUAAAACCCAUUUCUGUGGCCUUAGCCAGCCAGUUUGUUAGUUCCACAUUCCCUCGCAAACCUGGAGUAGAUGCCGCGGGGGAAGCCAUUUUGUUCCCUUUCAGUUCAUCCACAGUGCUUGGCCUAACUUCUGUUUACCUUGUUCUGAAGCAUUCAACUGUGCUCUGUGAGGUGUGAAAUUAAAAACGUUACGUUUCACCAAUAUUUAAACAUCAGUACUGGUUGUUCUGGGAGAAAGCUAAGAGAGUUUUAUGUUGCGUGAGAAACUCAUCUUGUGGAAUUGGAGCGGGGGCACGCUUCCUUCCUCUUUUGUUCACUCACAGAUGAAGUCCACCAGGCAGCAUGUAAACUUCAUUGUCGGCAGGUUGAUGUCUUGUUUUGAUUCCUAUCUUGUUUGUAUGAAGUGGGCAUAAACUUCUUGAUUACAGUGAAAUCACAAAAAUGUCUAUCAGUGUGGUGACCCUGAGAACGCUUCUCUUAACCUCUUAGCCACACUCCCAGCAGGGCAGGUGGGUCAGUCUUCUAGCAUUCUCCUGCACUCUUCCCAGGUGCCUUCUGGGCUGUCCGGGCUUCUCUCAUCUCAGACCUUCUGCAUGGCUGACCGCUGUGCUCAGCACAUGGCAGCUAGUGGGCAACCAACCCAAACGUGCACUAUUUCUUGUCCUAGCACAGAUUCAGAUAUGGAUUCAAGAAAUCCCCUCUGCCACCACCCUUCACCUCCUGAAACUAAAAAAAAGAAGCAUAGCUAUUCGCGUAUUUUCUAAAUGUUUCUCUGCCUCUUUCCGACGACAGGGAAGCCUGCAGGUCAGUGUGUGGUAGAACGCUUUGGCACUCCUGCUCUGGUCAGGUUCUCAAUACUCAUUCCCCAAUGAGUAUGGGACCUUGGGCAUUCACUUCAAUGAGGCCCUCAUGUAUUUUCUCAGGAGUUCAGAGCCCAUUUUGGACUUUCACUGCUGGGAAACAAGUGAAUGUAUAGCAUGUCGCCCCACGGAGGGACACGCCUGUCACUCUGUAACUCUAAAAUCAGGCAGGAUGAGUGAACCCAGUGGAAGAGUAGGGGGCCCCUGAGGCUAGUGGAGAAAGAUCACCAUCAAAGGGGAUAGCGAGAGGCAAGGAACACAGAGACCCGGGGAGGAGGACAGAGAGGACAUGUUAGCCAGAUCUGCUCAGUAGACACCGAAAUCAAGCCUGGAAGCCCAGACAGUUGUGGUGAUGCAUGCGGGAGGCUAAACAAGACAUUGACAUGCAGUUUUUAUCAGCAAGAAUUCCAAACAUUUAAGGAAAUGCCCUUUUCUAUAUGGGUGAGGUUUCCGUCCUAAUCCAGUCAGUGGUAGACACAGGCACCUCUGAAAAGAAAGUGUCCUGACUCUAAGAAGUGCUUCGUCACUGCCUUCCCAAACUGCGGAGUCCCACCUUCUAAAUUUGGACGGAACUUGCGUGCCCUCGGGCAUGAAUAUGAGCACCUGGAGCCCUUAAUAAAUGGCCAGCCUGGAGGCACGUUCUCUCCUCUCGGCUUUUGUUGCCAAACCAGAUUUUUGGAUGGCUUAACAUAAAUACUUCUGGGCAGCUGUUACUGCUUAAAAUGGCACCGUUCUUCUGGGGGUUGGCUGCGCUAAAUUGGGAAAUAAAACAAUAGUGCACUUUGCUUCCUUAUCCUUUAUUUUUGGAGCAUCCACAUUUAAUUGGGCAUUGUAAUAACUUAAAGUAUGAUUUGCAUUGACGAAGAAAACUAAUCCUUUGCUUAUGACGUGACCAGGAUCCAGGGAGGGCUUAAGGGGAAGCAGAACAAUGCAGUGAACAGGUGAGGCUUAGAAAAUUGCAGUUCCUAGCUCCCCGAGGUGGAAAACCAUUUUUAAAUACUAGAGCACCCAGCGAGGUGAAUCCCUAAAGGACUGUCAUGCAGGAAUUACAACACCCCCCCAACACACACAAAUGUGCCUGGAAUUAACAUAACAGACUGAGGUAUAGGUCUUUAUUGGACACCCAGAGAGAUGAUGUCCUAAGUAUAGAGGAGAAAUGAAAAUUUGAAUCGAAUGUGUGUUAGGCAUCCUGAUUCCUUGGUUUCAUUUGGAACUAAGCCUCUGGAAAGGGGAACUCAAGCUCAUUCCUUGUCAGACACUUAGCUCUUUCUUAAACUUGAGGCCUUCUGAAUUAGAUUUGUGAAUUACAAUGUGUAUAUGUUUUGUUUUGGGCUUUUCAUUUUUUAUUUUAUGUUUUAGGUUAAAGUGCAGUUCACAUUUUUCUGAGAUUUAAGUAUAUUUUCUGAUCCUUUUGACAACUGAACUAAACAGUAUUUGCAAUAAUGAAAUGUGCACACAGAAGAAAACAUUAGAUGGGAAACGUUUCUAGUCUAUUAAUUGUUGUAUGCGAUCAAGCUAUCUGGUGGCCAAAUGACUAAAUUGGGCUUUGAGAAGGAGAAGCUGUCACUAUGACUGAUGUAUGAUAUUUAGCCGUGGCCAACUCAGGCGCUGUGUCAUUUGUCCUAUCUUCAAAUUGAGGUCAGAGUGUCACACAGGCCCCUCCCCAGGGAGCAGGGUGGGCUGGAGUAAGUUGCGUACUCUGGCUGUCAGCUCAGUGGAAAUGCCACAUGGGACUUGUCACUCGGCCACAUGGUAAGUGACAUUACAGGCUGACAGGUCAUACUUGCUCAGCGCUAUAGGGCUGGCCUCUGGAUUGGGCUAAAGUAGCAGAAUCCACUGAGGGCCGGCCUUGGUCUGCUGUCGUACACAGACUGCCAACUCUUACUUACGAGUGUGUGUUCCGUUCUGGCUGAGUCUGCAGAAGGCAAAGAGCAGCCCUUCCAUGCAUUAGCUCUGAGUUCCACUACACACCAGCACGGACCAGCAAGGGGGCUGGGGAAAGUGCCCAUUAAAAAGGCGGGAUAGGAGAACAGAAUAAACCAACCAUUUCUGCCUGGUUGUCCAGAUUAGCACUUCAUUGCUGAUCAGAAUGGGCUUGGUAAUAAUUUUGGGGUGUGGCUGAUGUGUCCAUCCUGCCUCUCUGCGGAAUAUUCAGGACUUCUUGACCAGCGUUAUGUUCUCCCAUCUCCCAGCACAUAUGUGAUCAUUUGGGGGGGAUCAGUAGAGCAUACAAAACCUUCCUUUGGAGAAAGGAGAUGCUGUUGCUUUAACAUCCGUGGAGUAAUAUCCUAAAACGUGAACCUGAGUUUUGGCAGAGCAUGGCUGGGAACUCUGUUGACAUUUUCUUUUCCUUGACAAGGCUUCGAGUCUUGCUGUAGGGAGCUGGCAGUGAAAAUCAGUGAUAACUUGUCAAGAAGCAGUGAAUAAUGAAAAAAAAAAGUGGGUAUGAGUAACUAAUGUCUGAAAAUGCAUAUAGAUGUAUAUAUUACAGGCUUUACAACUGAAUUUUUUUUAAAGAAAGCUAUAGUCUGUAAUCUCCAUUUGUUAUAACAAUGACCCUUUAUCUCAUUUUUUGAAGAGAAUUUUUAAUCCUAUUUCUGUUCCUAGGGGUUUAUGUCUUAGACCAUAAGUUGAAUAGAAUGUUUGCAAAAUUCUGCAAGAGAAUGAGGUAGUCUUUCGUCUUGAACAUGGGAAGGAAGUGCACACAUUUCGGCUGGCAUUUGGCUUACUACCAAGGGUCGUUGUCCCAAGGUAAUUCAAGGAGCAAUUCAGUCUCGGCAUUUGAAAUGUAGACUUCAUCUCCAGGGAUCCGUAAAAAAUGGGAACAGGGAAACUGUGGUUAAGCAGAGCCCGAAAUAAUAACCUGGCAAAGAAAUGAGUUUAUCAGGUCAAGGUAAAAGAUGGCAUCCCCAUCAUAUUCGUUAAACACUUUCAUCGUGCUUGUAUUAGCGAAUUUAGUAAUGAUGGAGAUAGUGAAAAGACAGCCACUCCCCUUCAAAGGGAAAGCCUACCUCAGCUGGCUUUGUUGCUGGUUCUCCACUGACUCAAGACCGUUGUUGGUCUCAGUAUAGCCUUGGGGGAGAUUGUUUAGCCUCAUCCUGGACACUUCCCCAUCCUCAAGGCAAUGAGGAUGAUGAGAAGGGUUUCCAGUGGGUCGUAGAGGUGAGAGUCCAAGGUCCCCCAGAAUAUAUUAACAAGUAUCCCUGAAAGGAAUAGACCUGAAAUACUCUACUUCUCACUUAUUGUUUUUCUCAACAUCCCGUAUUGUCCCACAGUACACAUUUCCUUUGACAUUACAAGAGCUUCAUUGAAUGCCAAGGUUCCACUAGCACUGUGUGGAAAGUUCUCUCUUAGCUUGUUGGGUCUGAGUGUGGCCAACCAGCAUGCAGUCUUCAACGGGAAGAAAAGGCUACUGAGCCAACAUAGUGUUCAGAAGCUGUGAAGCAAAAGGGGGCAGAAAAGAGGGGCGAGCUCACCCUGCUAACCCACCCCAAGCAUAAUCCAUAGCUGUUAACUCUGACCAACACCUCUGCUCCCCUCGCUGAGGGGAGACAAAAGAGUGAUUCUUUUACACCGGGCUGGCUCAUUGUCAAUGACAAUCUCUUGCCCUGGUUGCCUUAGAGACAUCCACUCUGCUCUUUCUCUCAGGCUCCAGACCAAGAAAAACAUGCUCCCAAGAUUAGCCCAUCGGCAUUUCUUCUGACCUGGCUAAAGAAAGAAAGGAGACCUGUUCCUUUUAAAAGUCAGGAACAAAGUGUCAGGUGGCUUUGAUUUAUGACAGAAAUAGGAAGAAGAAAGUUGAGGUAAUAGCGCUAUCCAAAUAACCCUGCCCAGGAAACUGAGGGGUCAAGAGAGCUUAUCAAGAGCCUUUUAUAGGCAAGCUCUUCCGUAAGGCAGAGAAGGGGCCAGAAGGAGGGGGACAGCCUGAAGGUGAGGAUGUGAACCCACUUCCGAUGGCGUUGGAUUCAGUCACCCCCGAAGACCACCACGCAACCACAGGUGGAUCAGUAAACACCAAUUAAAAAGUGGAAAAAGAAAAUCUGCCCUGUCCUAGGGCUUCUGUCCUUCCCCACAGGAUCCCUGCACAGGUGGAUACUUGGCGGGCUUUUCAUUAAUAAAGUCAGUGUGUGUGCUGACACGUGCAUUCCUCCGCCUUCCUUCUCCCACGUUGCCGGUGAUUGCUGAGUUCAGAAGUGUGCCCGCUGCUUCCCUAGGAAGCCUCCCUCUGAAGGGCCCUGCUACCAGCUGCAGCCCUGCCGCUGCAGGGGUGGGGCCCCGGGGGCCUCCGCCAGGAGCAGCUAGGUCUGCAGCCUGCGUGCCUCCUCUUUCCUGCAGGUCACUGAAUUGCUGUUUGAAUGCACCGUCUUUGCGGUGUCUUUCUCAUGCCAGCAAAGCCAUGUGCCCUCCUUUCUGCUGUCACAUCUGUGCUCCAAUUGCUUAAAUAUUGUUUGCAACAGGGAGGUUUUAAUCUGGUUAUGCAGAGGGAAGCGGGGCUGUGGGGGCACGUUUAAUUGGCUCCCAGCAGAGUAGUGAGCGCGUCUAUGGAGUGUGGGGUUUUUGUUCCCUCCCUCUAGAAGUGUUACCAUUUUCAUGUCCUAUUAAUGUCCUCUGGUUGUUAAAUUACAGCCGCAUAUUAUAGCGGAGCUGGGUUCCCUCCUGGAGUGAAUACAAAUGAAGGGCAUUUACUUGUAUUUUUAGAGGUUUUGGAAAAUGUAGUGAUUUGUGGCUUUGAUCAAUCCUGUGGACUGGUAUAUGUCUACACAUACCUGUUUCAAAUAAAUCUUUUGUUAAAGUAAAUGA